AUGAGCGACUACGCCGUGCCGCGUCCCGGCGGCUCUCUCAAAUUCAAGGGCGAGGACAAGAAGAAGAAGAAGAAGAAGACGCACGCGCCCGACGAGCGGGCGCGCAAAGAGGCUGAUGUCGCCGCUGCCGAGACUAAACGGGAUCGGGAGGAGCGCGCACGUACGCCCGAGGACGGCGCGCGCGAGCGCGAGCGCGACGACCGGCGCAGCGCAUCCGCAUCCGCGUCCGCGUCCGCGUCGCCCGCGCCGGCGGGCGGGAGGCGUAUGACCGAGGCCGAGCGCCGCUUCGAGGAGGUGCAGCGCAAGCGGCGCGAGGAGCGCGUGAAGCGCAACGUGCAUCUUACGCACAAGGAGCGCGUGGCGCAGCUCAAUGCGCGCCUUGACUCGAUGAGCGAGCACUACGACAUGCCGCGUAUUGGGCCGGGCUAA